UAGAGGUCUAUCAGAUUGGUGGAAGGAGAGACAGGGGUGGUAUAUAUAUUGUGAAUAUGUACAUCACCCAGUAUCAUGUUUAUGGGGUAGACUUUCUAGACUUAUAACGAUUCCUGCCAUCAAUCAGAUAAGAAAGCUAUAUAAAUUUCACACAUGGUAAAGUUGCUGCCCCGGUAGAAGACUCACCCAGCCGACCGACCCACGUGGUCGGGCGCAGCCGCCAACCAACUCCGACUCCCACGUUAUCCCAGAGCAACCAUCGUAUGAUCAUGACAGCCUCCCCCUCCAUCCUCGUCUUCGGCGUCGGCAGCGUCGGUGCCAUCUACCUUCACCAACUGCAACGGGCCGGCUGCACCGUCACCGCCGUCUGUCGCUCCAACUACGACGUCGUUGCCCACCACGGUUUCACCCUGCGCAGUCCCCGCUUCGGCACCGUCACCUAUCGUCCCGACCACACCGUUCGCUCCGUGCACGAUUGUCCCCGCGAUAUCCAAUACGACUAUGUGUUGGUCACAACGAAGGCUUUCCCCGGUCGGACGCCCUCCCUAGCAGACCAGCUUCGACCAGUACUUGAGAACCACCCACACACCGCCAUUGUCCUGGCGCAGAAUGGUAUCGACAUCGAGAAGGAUAUCGCGGACGCGUUUCCCUCCAAUCCAGUCAUCAGCGGGGUAGUCUAUCUGCCCACUGUUCAGACAGAAGCUGGUGUGAUCGAUCAUGCGGAGCCGCUGGAUCUCCUAGAACUCGGAACGUAUCCAGCUCGCGCGCCGGAGGAACAUACACAGGCGGCGAAGAAAUUCGUCGAGUUGAUGGUCAAAGGAGGUGGGGAUGCGGUGCUGUUCGAGGAUAUACAAGAGGCAAGGUGGGCAAAAUUGCUGCUCAACGCGGCAUGGAAUCCGAUCUGUGCGUUGUCAUUGUGCACGGAUGGCGGGUUUUUGCUCACUUCGGAGCCGUUUGCGCGUGACUUGGCCUGGGGGAUUAUGAUGGAGAUUGUGGCGUUGGCGAGGGCGGUUGGGAUUGCAGGGGUGGAUGAGGAGGCGGCGAAGAAGAGGUUUGCAUUGGCGGAGAGGAGGGCCAAGGAAGGGACAGGGAGGGAGAUGAGUAUGUUGCAGGAUGUGAAGAUGGGGAGACCAUUUGAGGUCGAAGCGAUCGUGGGGAAUGCCGUUAGACUGGGGAGGAAGUGUGGGGUGUCGAUGCCCCGGUUGGAGACGGUGUAUGCAUUGGCCAAGGGGAGGCUGGAUGUGUUAAUGGGGUGUAGAGUUUGAUGGGAGGCGAUCAGUGAUAUACCCCUUAGACUGUAGAUGUAGAUUGAAUGGUGUGUGCAGGCUGCAUGACAGAUAUCUGAGGCAGCGUGAAAGUGCCUGCUGCUGUGUGAAUGCGGCCUUUCACCUGCAUACCAGACGCGAGGGGUCUGUUACUCUUUGAUAGCAGUGACAGCAGGCAACCACCAGGCUG